CGGAGGAUGGCCCGCUGACUGGGGCGGGAGCGCCGCGCCGGGCGGAAUGAUGCUUCGGAGGGGCCCCUGGCCCUGGCGCGCGCGUCUGCUGCAAACCCCAGGAACCCAAGGCCGAACGCAUCCGCAACCGCCGAUGCCCCAGGUUUUGUGUGAGAAACUGUGUGGAAAUCUGAAAUUGUAUCAGUCAAAUCUUUAUAGUACAGUGGGGCCAUCUGAAGAAAUCACAAUUAAUUAUAAACAUGGCCUUCCCUUGGUAACACUUACUUUGCCGUCCAGAAAAGAGCGCUGUCAGUUUGUAGUCAAACCAAUGUUAUCAACGGUUGGUUCAUUCCUUCAGGACCUACAAAAUGAAGAUAAAGGUAUCAAAACGGCUGCCAUCUUCACAGCAGAUGGCAGUGAAAUUGCAGCUUCAACCUUGAUGGAAAUCUUGCUAAUGAAUGAUUUUAGACUUGUCAUUAAUAAAGUCACAUACGAUGUACAGUGCCCUAAGAAAGAAAAACUGAGUAGUGAGCACACUACUGAGAUGGAAAACAUGAAAUCCUUGGUUCACAGACUGUUCAUAGCCUUGCAUUUAGAAGAGUUUCAGAAAAAGAGAGAGCACCAUCUGCUGGAGAAAAUUGACCACCUGAAGGGACAGCUGCAGCCCCUCGAACAGAUGAAAGCGAGAAUUGAAGCUCACUCAGAAGUCAAAACCAACGGACUUCUGUGGGCUGGAUUAGCAUUGCUGUCCAUUCAGGGCGGGGCAAUGGCCUGGCUCACUUGGUGGGUGUACUCCUGGGAUAUCAUGGAGCCAGUUACAUACUUCAUCACAUUUUCAAAUUCCAUGGUCUUUUUUGCAUACUUUUUAGUCACUCGACAGGAUUAUACUUACUCAGCUGUUAAGAGUAGGCAGUUUCUUCACUUCUUCCACAAGAAAUCAAAGCAACAGCAUUUUGAUGUGGUGCAGUACAACAAGUUAAAAGAAGAUCUUGCUAAGAUGCGAAAACAGAGGUUAUACACGGUUAGAAAGUGGGGAAAGCAAGGCUACUGAAGCCCUGAGACAGGUGCGCCACUCUAUCUGCGAUGCAAGUAGAGGAAUUCGAUGAAAAGAAGUAAUCUUACAUUUUUAAAUGUCAGUGAAUUUUUCCAUUAUGUGUUCAUUUUGCAACUUAGCAACUGGAACUUUUGUCCCAUAGUUCAUUUGAAUUUGACUGUUUCAAUCUCUUGUUAAUAAAAAAAAAAUGCUUG